GUUGACCAUAUUUCCCCGUCUUGUUCAUCCCUCUGGCUUUCAGAUUCUUCUGAACUUCUGAUCUUCGGAGAGAGAGAGAGAGCUUCUGAGUCUUUGGCGUCUGGAAUCCUCCAACUUUCAAGAGAAGAAGAAGAGAUUUGAUGGCGAACAGUAAUCUUCCGAGAAGAAUUAUCAAGGAGACGCAGAGGCUUCUCAGCGAACCAGCUCCUGGAAUCAGUGCUUCUCCUGCAGAAGAAAACAUGCGAUAUUUCAACGUAAUGAUUCUUGGCCCAGCUCAAUCUCCAUAUGAAGGUGGGGUUUUCAAGUUGGAAUUGUUUUUGCCUGAAGAAUAUCCAAUGGUACCUCCAAAGGUCCGUUUCCUGACAAAAAUAUAUCAUCCUAACAUUGACAAGCUUGGGAGGAUAUGCCUCGAUAUUCUGAAAGACAAAUGGAGUCCAGCCCUUCAAAUCCGAACAGUAUUGCUGAGCAUUCAAGCACUUCUGAGUGCUCCAAAUCCUGACGAUCCGCUUUCUGAGAACAUUGCAAAGCACUGGAAGACAAAUGAAGAAGAAGCUGUUGAGACAGCAAAGGAGUGGACCCGUUUAUACGCGAGUGGGGAAUAAUGCGGAGAAGUUAUAAAAUUUCAGUUUCUCGAUCGAAUGUUGAACAGCAUGUAUGUGUUUGGUCUUAGAACUUAAGAACUAUCAGACAUGAAGAUUUUCCAGCGCAUCGGUCCAUGUUGAUAAUCACUUUCAUUCUCCUCAUACUGCACCGUCGAAACUUAUGAUCACAAGGCGAAUGUAUCACAUUUGCAAAUAAUUGAAUCACGGAAUAUGUUCAUCGUU